AUUAUUUACACUCCAUUUUUUACUCAUCAUUGCCUGAGCACCGCGUUGUUCGAAAUCACCACCCUCUUGCUUCCUCUCCUCUCCUCUUCUCUUCACCCGCGCAUCAUCAUCGCUCGCGUUUGCAUAGAACUUCACAACACAAGUCUGAGCCGCGCAUCACUCAAGUUCACUCACUUCCCUCUACCUCGCUCUAUAUUACACUACUUCCGCAUCCGAUGUCAACCGCUCGCCCUCAUCUCGCGAUGUUGCCGAUGCAGCACCAUCCCCUUCCCUUUCCUCCCCAGGACCCAGUGAUCAGAGCCGCCGAUCUCAUGGCACUUAUGAGAGAUGACCUCGUUGAGCACGGUGUCGACGACCGAGUUUCAAGAUAUUGCGCUCUCAAAAAAGCUACAUGGUCAGCGAUAAAGAUAUCGGUGAUCUGAUUGUGGAUAUUGUCAAAGAAGCACACAAAACAAUUCACGUUCCCCAGACUAGCUGCAAGAGACGUAUGCCUGCAACUGCUGUGAUCAUGCAGCACCCAUUUGCCGAAAAGCCUCUCGGUCCAGCUUUACAUGGACUCGACAUCGGCCAAUUAAAGGAGGACCGAGACAAUCAAAUCACCUUUAACAUGAAGGAUCAAGCCACUGGUUGGUUCCAUAUUCUUCUCAGUGCUGAUUGCCAGCUACUCCUGGGCUUUUAUGAUGGCACCGUUACACGACUUGGCGUCGGGCCUUGUGCCGGCCUCGUUGUCCGUCUUGAAAUCAUAGUCAGGAAAUUUCAUCAGCCACAUAUUCAUUUCAAGUUUGGCAUCCGCAAUGGUGGUAGACCUGUGAUCUUCAUGGAUUUAAUCGUCCCCCUUGAUUACAUUGUUGAUGCGAUCACUCUCAACAGCAUCAAUGCAGAUAUCAUAAACUCUCUCGCACCUCUCCGUAUGUUCAAUGCUAUCGACAUCUCGGGGCUCGUGAACCAUGUCAAGGGUUCCGAUAUUCUCGGCGAAAAGCUAGAGGAUAUUGUUAUGCCAAACCGUGUCAACCACAUUCACCUCGUGGCUGAGAAAGUGCGCCAUCUUCACACAAACAUUGACCGGUCCGAGGUCUUUGUCAUUGACAACUUGGAGUUUAAGCGCAAUCUCAAACUGUACCCUCCUGUCAUGCAGAACAUCGCUUCUGCCGUCGCUAGCCAAUUCAGAAAGAAGAGCCAGGGAUCUUUUGAGGCACGGCUCAUCCAUGAGGAAUCGUUUGAUCGUUCUUGGCCAGAUAUCCUCGCCGAUGUCACGCAGUUCACCAAACCAUACGCAGACUAUCUUAUGGAUACUCGUUACGGUUACGCGGACCUGACCUUCAGGAACUUAGGCCCAAUCGACCCUGAUGACCGACCCGAUCGUCCAAACAAGGCCUCCACCUUCUUCAUUAGUGCCGAGCAUCACACUGUCGCCUUACUAGCCAGUGCUGCCAAAGAACAAGAGAUGCGUGAUGACCGUGCGUCCAGACUGCUCAAUACAUCCAUACGAGCUGUUGUUUGGCGUGAUGAAUACUCUACAUGGAAACCCAGCGAGAAUGAUCUCGAGAAAUACGACAUCUUCUUGACCACCCUCCAUAUUACCUCUAGGUGACGAGAAACCCCUUGCCUGACUCACUUUGCUCAACUACGAGAGUACUAUCAGCGGUGGGCCGAUCGCUAUACUCGGCGUCCAUGAAGAAUGUGGCAGUAGAUCCGACAUUGAGCAUAUCUUUGACGAUUUCAGGAUCAGUGUAAUAGGCGACUCAGUGAGCGGUUCUGCCACCAUCGACAGGGAGACUAUUCAGGAUAUUUGUAGUGAACCAAUACACAGUUAAAGAUAUUCAGAAUGCAUUACGGUUUAAAAAAUACCAGUUGGC